AGCAGGCUGGAGCAGGGAUGGCUUCCUGGGUGAAGUGAUGUGCAGAUGGAGUCCAUUGUAGGUGUUAGCCUUGGGAAGAUGGGAGUUAAGAACAUUCCAGGCAAAAGCAACAACAUAACAAAAUCGUAAGGGAAUAAACUGCAUCGGGGUCUUUCAGGAAUGAGCAGUUUGGAGGUAUCGUACACCAUACUCAGAACCUUCCUUUCGCCCAGUAGGCCAAAGUUCCUCCCAGUGUGUUCAGAGUAGCCUUAGCAUUCCUCAGAAAUGCUUUAGGGGCCUAUGUCAACGACGGUGGAAGAAGGGCUGGGAAUUGGUCCAGGCUCUGAACCCCACCCCUGCCACAACCCAAGUUGCCUGGGAAGUUUUCCUUAAGAUGUUUAACAAAAGGCUUCCACUUCUGAAAAGAAAGUUUGAAAACCUUUGAUGGGGAGCUACAGAUUUCAAGCACAGGAGUAAGCAUAACAGAUACUUAUUUCAGGUGCUUAAAGAAGUAACUAUUCUGAAGUGUUCUAGUUCUUUGAGGAAUGCUGAUGUAUGGAUAAAGUAUGGUGGAGCAAAGAACACUGGACCAGAAGUUGGGGAGGUCGCCUCAGCUCCACCACUGUGUCUCACCAUUAAAUUCAUCUACAGGCCAGGGUCAUGUCUGUUUACUUCAUUUCCACUGUCAAAUCUGUCAUCUGGAAAGGGUAUGAAAUUCAUCCUGAAGGAGGCUAUGAGGCUCACUGGUCUCCAGAAAUGUACCUCUGUGUGCGGAAAUGUUCCAGAAGGCCACACUGUCUACAGGGCCAUUGCUUCACUGCAGAUUAGAUGUCCUCCCAGAACCUUCCAGGGCACUAAUUGCCUAAACAGCUCUGAGACAGAAUCUCACUGUGUCACUCAGGCUGGAGUGCAGUGGCACCAUCAUGGUUCACUGCAGCCUCAAACUCAUGGGCUCAAGCAAUCCUCCCACCUCAGCUUCUUGAGCAGGUAGGACUACAGGUGUGCACCACUACACCAGCAAGUAGACAAGGAGAAAGUGAACACAAAGAACUGAUAUCUCAAGAGAAAACCAAGGCAAGUCGAGAAAGGGAAGGGGCAUUUGAGAAACAUAUCUGUGGAAUCACUGAAGAGCUGGUCCACCAUGAAACGGGUUCCAAAAUGUAGAGUAUAAGCAACUAGUGGAGGUGCUAGAAACGGCACAGCUGUCACCAAGAGAAGGCCUACUUUGAAAAGCAGAUGGCAGGAGUUUUGAAUACAAAAAAGGAGUUGCCUGGGCAGAUGGCAGUAGACAAGGCAUGAAGAAAUGAAGGUCUCAACAGAGACGCAGGAGGCAGAACAGAAUAUGUAAGAACAAGGGUUCAAGAAGAGAGAGAGACAUGAGCAAAGUCCUGGCUUCAGAGAGUCAGUAGCCGGGGAUCUGGUAGAGAGUCCCUGCCUCUGGGAUGAGCCCUUCCUCCACAAAAUAUCUGUCCAGCCAUACUCCUCAGUCAGACAGCACUGUGAAGGUUCACAUGGCAUUUCGUAAAGCCUGUGGGGCUCCCCCAAAACACUCUUCCCUAUCCAUCUGGCAAACAUUACUGUCAAAUGUAUCAAAAACUUAUCAUAUAACACUUCCAGGUUUUUCAUCAUAAGCCCUUCCAAACUGCCUGCUGCUAUUGUUGAUGACUCAAGAUUCUGACAUCUCCUUCAUGGAACAAACUCCAGCUCUCUUUUUUUCUUCCUACUUACCUUACUUAGUAAAUUUCAAUAUAUUUUCAUGCAAAUGUUAGAACCUAUGCCUUCUACUUUUCCUUCGAAAUGCUCUUGGCUCUUGCAACUACAGCUGUGUAACUCCAUAGUGGAUGAAACCAUCACAAUCUGGAAAAUCAUUUUUCUGUCUUUUGGACAAGAUUUCAUUUGAUUUCAGAAUCAUCUCCUGACUAUCCAGUGGGCUUGCCUGCAAAGAAGUAUGAUUCUCAAGGAUACAUUUGUUCCAUUACAACUUUUUGUAUGAUACUUGGGUUUAUAACAAAGCUCAGAAAAUACUAAAGGUUAAAGGAGAAUUGAGAGCUGCCAAGGAAAUGAAAGAUGAGGCGGGGGAGAGAGACAGAGAAGUGAGCAGCCUGAACAGCAAGCUGUUAAGCCUGCAACUUGACAUCAAGAAUCUGCACGAUGUCUGCAAGAGACAGAGGAAGACCUUGCAGGACAAUCAGCUCUGCAUGGAGGAGGCAAUGAACAGCAGCCACGACAAGAAGCAAGCACAGGCAUUAGCAUUCGAGGAGUCAGAGGUGGAAUUUGGGUCCAGUAAACAGUGUCAUCUGAGACAACUCCAGCAACUGAAGAAAAAAUUGCUGGUCCUUCAACAAGAACUGGAGUUUCGCACAGAGGAGUUGCAGACUUCUUACUAUUCUCUCCGCCAGUAUCAGUCCAUCCUAGAGAAGCAGACUUCCGACCUGGUUCUUCUACACCAUCACUGCAAACUGAAAGAAGAUGAGGUGAUUCUCUAUGAGGAGGAAAUGGGAAAUCACAACGAGAACACAGGGGAGAAGCUCCAUUUGGCGCAGGAGCAACUCGCCUUGGCCGGGGACAAGAUCGCCUCCCUAGAGAGGAGCUUAAACCUCUACAGGGAUAAAUACCAGUCUUCCCUGAGCAACAUCGAGUUACUAGAAUGCCAAGUGAAGAUGUUGCAGGGGGAACUCGGCGGGAUCAUGGGUCAGGAGCCUGAGAACAAGGGUGAUCAUUCAAAGGUACGGAUAUACACUUCUCCUUGCAUGAUUCAAGAGCAUCAGGAGACCCAGAAACGACUGUCUGAAGUCUGGCAAAAGGUCUCUCAACAGGAUGAUCUCAUUCAAGAACUUCGAAAUAAGCUGGCCAGCAGUAACGCUUUGGUUCUGGAGCGUGAAGAGGCUUUGAUAAAACUACAAGCCGAUUUUGCUUCCUGUACAGCCACCCACAGAUACCCUCCUAGCUCCUCAGAAGAGUGUGAAGACAUCAAAAAGAUACUGAAGCACUUGCAGGAGCAGAAAGACAGCCAGUGCCUGCAUGUGGAGGAGUACCAGAACCUGGUGAAGGAUCUGCGCAUGGAACUAGAGGCUGUGUCGGAACAGAAGAAAAACAUCAUGAAGGACAUGAUGAAGCUGGAGCUGGACCUGCACGGAAUGCGGGAGGAGACAUCUGCCCACAUUGAGAGGAAGGAUAAGGACAUCACCAUCCUGCAGUGCCGGCUGCAGGAGCUACAGCUGGAGUUCACCGAGACCCAAAAGCUCACUUUGAAGAAAGACAAGUUCCUCCAAGAGAAAGAUGAGAUGCUGCAAGAGCUGGAGAAGAAACUGACACAGGUUCAGAACAGCCUCCUGAAAAAGGAGAAGGAGCUGGAGAAGCAGCAGUGCAUGGCCACAAAACUUGAAAUGACAGUCAAGGAGGCUAAGCAGGACAAGUCCAAGGAGGCGGAGUGCAAGGCCCUGCAGGCUGAGGUCCAGAAGCUGAAGAACAGUCUCGAAGAGGCCAAGCAGCAGGAGAGGCUGGCUGCUCAGCAAGCAGCCCAGUGCAAAGAAGAGGCUGCACUGGCAGGCUGUCACCUGGAGGACACCCAGAGGAAACUGCAGAAUGGCCUCCUCCUGGACAAGCAGAAGGCAGACACCAUCCAGGAACUACAGAGAGAACUUCAGAUGCUGCAGAAGGAGUCCUCGAUGGCUGAGAAGGAACAAACCUCCAACAGAAAACGGGUGGAGGAGCUGUCAUUAGAACUCUCUGAAGCCCUGAGGAAGCUUGAAAAUUCAGACAAGGAAAAGAGGCAGCUUCAGAAGACAGUGGCUGAGCAGGAUAUGAAAAUGAAUGACAUGCUUGAUCGUAUCAAGCACCAGCACAGGGAGCAAGGCUCCAUCAAAUGCAAGUUAGAAGAAGAUCUUCAGGAGGCCACAAAGCUUCUGGAGGACAAACGGGAGCAGUUGAAGAAGAGCAAAGAGCAUGAGAAGCUGAUGGAGGAAAAACUUGAAGCUUUGCGGCAGGAAUUUAAAAAGAAAGACAAGACGUUGAAAGAGAAUUCCAGAAAGUUGGAGGAAGAAAAUGAGAAUCUCCGAGCAGAGCUACAGUGUUGUUCUACACAACUGGAAUCCUCUCUCAACAAAUACAACACCAGCCAGCAAGUCAUCCAAGACUUGAAUAAAGAGAUAGCCCUUCAGAAGGAGUCCUUAAUGAGCCUGCAGGCCCAGCUGGACAAAGCUCUGCAGAAGGAGAAGCACUAUCUCCAGACUACCAUCACCAAAGAAGCCUAUGAUGCAUUAUCCCGGAAGUCAGCCGCCUGCCAGGACAACCUGACACAAGCCCUCGAGAAGCUCAAUCACGUGACCUCAGAGACAAAGAGCCUGCAGCAAAGCUUGACACAGACCCAAGAGAAGAAAGCUCAGCUGGAAGAGGAAAUCAUUGCUUAUGAGGAAAGGAUGAAAAAGCUCAAUACGGAAUUAAGAAAACUGCGGGGCUUCCACCAGGAGAGUGAGCUGGAGGUGCACGCCUUCGACAAGAAGCUAGAGGAGAUGAGCUGCCAGGUGCUGCAGUGGCAGAAGCAACACCAGAAUGACCUCAAGAUGCUGGCAGCCAAAGAGGAGCAGCUCAGGGAGUUCCAGGAGGAGAUGGCCGCCCUAAAAGAGAACCUCCUUGAGGACGAUAAGGAGCCCUGCUGCCUGCCCCAGCGGUCUGUGCCCAAAGACACCUGUAGGCUCUACCGAGGGAAUGAUCAGAUUAUGACCAACUUGGAGCAAUGGGCAAAACAGCAGAAGGUCGCCAAUGAGAAACUAGGAAACCAGCUCCGAGAGCAGGUGAAAUACAUUGCCAAGCUGAGUGGUGAAAAGGACCACCUCCACAGUGUAAUGGUCCACCUGCAGCAGGAAAACAAGAAGCUGAAGAAGGAGAUAGAAGAGAAGAAGACGAAAGCUGAGAACACAAGGCUAUGCACCAAAGCCCUAGGCCCGAGCAGAACGGAGUCCACACAGAGGGAGAAAGUGUGCGGCACCUUGGGCUGGAAGGGGUUGCCCCAGGAUAUGGGUCAAAGAAUGGACCUCACCAAGUACAUCGGGAUGCCCCACUGCCCGGGUUCCUCAUACUGCUAGAAUCCACGUCUAGCCCUGAGCAGCAUUUCCACGGGUGUUUCUUCAGAGGACAGUGAGUUCCCAGCCCUCCCUCUCUCUUGACCUGGAUCAGCUCUUACAGGAGUAUAUCACGGUCCCAGCCUAUUUUGCAAGACACUAACUUUUGUUGAGUUUUGUCCACUUCCUGCCAUGGAGUGAGCUUUAGAACCAUACUACCAUCUCCAGGCCCAAACUCUGAAAUAAAGACAUGAGCAUGA